AUAAAAAAGCCAGUGGUAUUUUAUGAAUAUCUACGAUUCUAUUUAAUGCGAUGCCAUUCAUUUGGAUUUUUUCAUGUUAUCAUAUUAUUAUUAUGAUCCGAAUAGUUGCAAUUGAUAAAAGAUAUCAAACGGCGACUUCUCAUUCAUUCCCGCGCUUGUCAACUAGAUUCUAAUAGAUCAAAGUCAACGAAGGAUUGAUCGCUGGCAAUUGGAGUCCUACAAACGCUUAUUAAAAAGGUAGAAUAAAUUAGGUCGAGUACAUCUCAAUUGCCGAGCAACGCUAUCCGUUCGCGGAAGAAUUUAUGAUAAAGGGUGACAAUUCCAGCUCAAGCGGAAUAAUCGAGAAGUUUAGACAACGGCGUUUCUUGUGAGCGGAGAUUUAAAUUUAUUGUUUCAAUAUUUGUUGCAGUCACUUGGGAGAAAAUUGCCAUUGAUUGGACUCUGAUGAGAGAAAUCCCUUAAAGGCCAUAGUCUUGCAAUCCAAGAUGCGACCUCCACAAGCAGAUUCGCCCAGACAGAAACGCCGCCACAUCCGGUCUGAGUCCCUCCGUCAGCGCUGCAGCGACCGAAACACCGACGAGAUCAUCCGAUUCGUCCGUGAUAUCCAGUUCGAACGACAGCCAACGGCCCUCCGUCUACAGAAGAAAACCCCACUUCCCGGAAUCGGUCAGCCGGCGCCGCCGAAAGCCGGAACAAGCGACUCCGGUUUUAUCGAUCGCGCCACGGACUCUAAUGACAGCGAUGAUGACGUGAUUGACAACGAGAUCUACAAGUGUAUGGCUCAGCGGAAGUGUGACCCAGUUGACGCUCAUUUCAUUGAUAUGUUAACGUGCCCAAGAAACAAUGUAAAAUCUAGGGACUACCAAAUCCUCUCCAAGUCUUUGCAACAUGGUCAAGGCAAUUCAGAUAUUUAUAACAAUAACGCGCGAAUGCCGCCUCGCCAAAAUAGCUUCGUCCGCCAUGGUGUUGCUGGGAACCGCGCAACUGGAAAUACGGGUAACCAAAGACUUAUUUCUAAACAACUUCCGCCAUUGUCACGUGAUCUUUUACCGGACCGCCCAUCCGCCCCUUCUCCGAGUCGCACACCGAAUCUUUCCGACUGUGGCUUUAUUGAAGAGGAGCCUGUGGACUUUAUUGACCAAUCGUGAACGUGUCCCGGAUAUGCAGUGAUCCGAACAUUUUCUUGCUUUCCGCCAUAGACGUACAUUCUCAGGGUCUUUAUUUGUGAUGUUUUAAUGAACGGAUUAUAUUCGCCAUAUUUAGAGUAUUAUUAGUAAUUCUAAAUCUAUUAGCAUGCCAAUCAAAAAUACGCACAUCUGCUCCCAUGAGGUAUUUGUGCAAAUGGAGAGUCAAUAUAUCAUGGAAUUAUUUAAUAUGAUGGCAUUUUUUUUAUUUUGUGUAAUCCUAAAUAAAGCUGUCGUAAAAUACGAGGCUUUAUUAGAACUUAACACACAUUUUGUUUUGAAUCGUAUUAUACUAAUCAUAAUAACACAACCUGAAAGUAUGAUUUGCAGAUGAUAAAGGUUGGCAUAAAUUGAUCACUAUUCAUCUUGCUACAACUGUUCGUGUGAAUGGGAGUUAUGCAACUAAUAUAGACGAUUGUUUACUGGUGAUAAUUUUAAUGAGGACGAUGAAGAUGACGAUAAUGACGAUGACAAGAUGGUUGCUGCCACAAUGAUAACGUUUUCUUUUUAAAAUGAUUCUAUGGAAAUUGCCUUAAAAUCUAACAAAAAAAUCAUAAAAGUACAUUUUUAAACCUAUCGAUAAUGCUCUUCACAAAUAGCAUUCCCAAUUAUGUCAUUUACCCAAUUGUAAACACAUUAAACUUAUUAUUAUCCCAGUUUUGCAAGUAUUGUUAUCUCUCUAAUAAUCUAUACUACAACCAUAUUGAAUAAAUAUGAGCCUUUUUAAUGUACAAAAUUAUACAUAUUAUGUCACUUAAAUGCCAAAAUAACUUGUGAAACCCUUACAA